AUGGCAUCUGCGUCUGUUGAUGCGGCCGCGGGGGCGACAGCCGCCAACGAUGCCCCGGCUCCCAGAAAGUACAAAGCCUCUGAUCUUCCUCUGCCGUCUGCCACCCGAGCUGCCAUCGAUUCACUGGCGCAUAGCUUCAAGAAGAAGGGAGGCUACGACGCAAUUCGUAAAGAAGUGUGGGACAAGUUCGCUGCCAGCGACUACGAGGAACAAGUUACGAAAGCUAUCCUCGAGGUCGCCGAACACGAGGUUCAACGAAACCCCCACCAACUUCUCACACUCGACCGCGGAAAGGCUGCCGCUCUUAUUGAUGGCGCUCUCGAGCGAUCUGGCGUCUACCAAAAGGCUGAGCAGGUCAUCACACAGCUCAUCGAUAAGAAGGCUAUUGAGGAGCGAAUGCGCCAGCUUCGUCGAGCCGACAUUGGCGAGGAAGAAGCGACCGCAGAGCAACAACGAGGCGCCAAAACAGAUGAGGAAUACCAUGCCGAUACUAUGGGGAGAAGAGCUGAGCGGGAGAGAGUGCGCGAAGAGCUAAGGCAGAAGGAGCUAGCCAUCGAGGAAGAGAAGCGUAAGAUCGCCAGAGAGGAGCGAAAGAAGGUCGAAAAGGAGCGCGAAAAGGCGGAAGAACAACGCAAGGCAGAACGAGACGCCCGCAGAGCUGCUAGGGAAAAGGCUCAGGCUGAGCGAGACGCCGAGCGAGACGAACGCCGCAGGCAAAGAGACAGGGAGCGGAGUCGAGACCGGAAUCGCGACAGGAGUCGAAGCCGCAGCCGUCGAAGAGACCGGGACCGCGAUCGCGAACGUGACCGUGAACGCGAUGCCGAACGCGAGCGUGAGCGGCAAGAGGAAAGGGAACGGAGACGCAAACAGCGAGAAGAGGAGACUGAGAAGGCCAAGAAGAACCUCACCCAGGAAGAUAUGAAGAGGCUCGAAGAGGAAGCCCUUUUGGAUCUCUUGCGCGAGAGCACCCACGGUGCAGCGAAGCAACCCGAGAUGGAAAUUGAUGAGGCGUUGGCUCCCCCGCCUAGAAAGCUGGCACCAGCGUCUGCUAUCAUGCCUAUCAAGAAGGUCUCUUCGCGCGAUUCGCCAAAGGUCUCGGAAUCCAAAAAGCCCUCUGAUCCGGUGGUAAAGAAAGAAGCAAGAGAUGCCAGUGUGGCUGCCGCGCCAAAGGUUGAGACGACAGAGACACGGACCAGAAGCCUCAGGUCGGCCUCCAAACUGGACAAAGAGCAGGAGGUUAGAGAGACAACAAAGAUGGACGAGGUUCGAAAGCGGGAAAAGGAGGCCAAGGCAUACUUGGCCGCACAGCGCGAGGCUCGUGAGAAGGGCAUGCCCGUACCAGGAAUCGAUGACAAGAGGAGUACAGGGGAGCGAUCUCCAGAAGCCAAACGGAAGCGUGAUCUGGACGAGAUUGAUCGACCGCCGCCGCAGCCGGUCGCGGAGCAGAAGUCGAGCCAAGGAUCGCGACAGGGAGCGUGA